AUGCUACAAAAUUUGCUUUACAUUACAGCUUUGACCAGUCGUGUGCUCGCAUCUUUCUUGGGUUACCCAACUACUUGCAGUGUGGGAUCUGAACUGAAACCGUGCACUCUGUCACUGACCUGUUGGUUACGAGGAGGCACGCGGCUAAGAGGCUGCGGAAGCGGUUGGUUGCUUUCUUGCUGUGGACCUCCUGACCCUACCAAAACGAGCGAUGGCUUUGAUAAUAUCAUACCGUCAUCGGAAUGGAAAUAUAAAGUUAUACCACCAAAGCUGCGCCAAGUUCCCCAAAGAAACGUGGUACCAGCGAAUGUAUUUAGACGACGUGCUGAUGAUGACCAUACACAGGUGGAUUGUGGAUUACCAUUCACUCGAAUUCUACAAAAGAGAAUUAUAGGCGGGAGAGAAGCUAGAUUCGCUGAGUUUCCUUGGCAAGCACAUGUCAGAAUAUCAGAAUUCCAAUGUGGAGGUGUGCUAGUGUCACGUUGGUUUGUCGCAACUGCGGCUCACUGCGUAUCACGUGCCAGGCCCCGGGACAUCGUCGUGUGGCUCGGCGCACAUGACACCACUGCCGGAGCGCACACCGCGCGAAAAGUGGGGGUUAUCCAAAAAAUUCUUCAUCCACUGUUCCAAUUUCGGAUGACGCAACCAGAUCGCUACGAUAUAGCCCUAUUGAAGCUGUCCAGGCCUAUAACAUACACUGGACACAUUUUGCCGAUCUGCCUGCCAGAGUUGGACUUGGAACUGCGAGGCAAAUCCGGCGUUAUAGCCGGUUGGGGUAAAACCGAUGCGAGCAGUGGGCAUACUGGGACCAAUUUGCUGCGAUCGGCCACCGUUCCUAUUCUUAGUACAGAACAAUGUAUUAACUGGCACCAAAGUAAACAGAUCUCUGUGGAGAUACACGCAGAGAUGAUCUGCGCAGGACACUCAGAUGGACACCAAGAUGCAUGUUUAGGUGACUCUGGUGGACCACUAAUUGUUCUAGACAGUGGGCGAUAUUACCUUGCUGGUAUCACCUCUGCGGGCUUCGGCUGUGGCGUCGAUCACCAACCUGGCAUCUACCACAACGUAAAAGUAACUGCUGGCUGGAUUAGAGGCGUUAUAUCACCUUCUAUUAACUACAUAGACUUUUAG